CAUAUUCGAUAUUUCAUUAAUACUUCUUUACCAAUUUACCAUUUUUUUGUAAUUAGGAAAUAUAUUUGUCAAUCGAUAAUUUGCAUAGAUAUUAUUAUUUAGUUACAUUAGGCAAUACUAGUUUAAAUAGUAAAACGUAAAAUUAAACAUGAACACAAUCCAAAUAUCCAAUAUACGACAAAAAACGAGCAUACUCGAUAAGUCUAUUAGCAAAGGUAAAGGUGAAAUUAAUAUGAACUGCUUUGCUCUAUUGUUUUCGGAAUUGGUUCAGUAUUGCCAAGGAAAAGCACACACAGUCACUGAACUACAAACUAGACUUUCAGAUUUGGGCCAAGAAGUAGGAACAAAAUUAAUCGAUCUGCACUUCUUAAGAGAGAAAAAUAACAAACGUGAAAUUAAAUUGUUAAACAUGUUACUACUUAUUAAGUCUACGUUUUGGAAAAGUUUUUUUGGUCGUGAAGCUGAUAAAUUGGAACACUCAAAUGAUGAUGAUUCUACUUAUUAUAUAAUUGAAAAAGAUCCAAUUGUAAACAAAUUCAUUUCAGUUCCAAAAGACAAAGGCAAUUUAAAUUGUGCUAUAUUUAUAGGCGGUAUAAUUGAAGGGAUAUUGAAUUCUUCAGGGUUUAAUGCUAAAGUAACUGCACAUUGGCAUAAAGGUACUACAUAUAUGGUCAAGUUUGAAGAUCAUGUCAUAACUAGGGACAAACAAAUGGAUGAACGUUGAUACCAUAUUUUAUAUUAAUCUAAUUGUUACAAAAAAAAACAAAUAUGUAUAUUGUCAACUACUACUGUAAAUAAAUUAUUUGUAAUAAAUUAAAUAUCAUCAAGUUCAAAAUUAAGAUUAUUUAGGAGCUGAUUGAUGGCACAACCAAUUGCAUAAGAAGGCAAUUUAAGUACAUAGAACAGCGGGACGUGGGUAAAUACAGUAUAUACUCUUACUACUACACUCACUUGGUUCAACCAUAGAUUUUUAGGAGAUUGCGUGAUUUAAGAACAUGUUACGCCAGUAUUUUUUUUCUCUUGAAUUGCUUAAGCAUUUUAUUUGAUACUCCAAGACUUACUAAGACCCAAGUAAAAAACAAUUGUAGGUCACUAUAUGUUUUGGUAUUGGUUUAAGUCAUACUGGUGUGGCUAAUAGACCACAAACGGUAAAAAUUAACGAUUUGUGCACGACUGUACAUUAAUAUGGUUAUAUGCCCUCUUUUGUCUCAGUAUAAAUAUAUGUUUUGUAACUCUCAUUGGUACUAUAAUUAAGUUAUUUUAACAAUAAAAUUGAUCUUAUUAAGAAUAGACCAAAUUCAAGUUCACUCAAAAUUACAACCUAACCCAACAUUCAGUAUUUAAAAUGCAAAUAAAAAUUAAAAAUAUUUUAGAACUUUUUUGUAUUUUUGACAUCAAAUUUCAUCUAUAGUAAAACAUAGCAACCUCUCAUAUUUAUUUUUUAAUGUUCAUAUUUGUUGAAUUAAAAAAAACAUAUCUAUGUUCAAAUGGUGGGGGACUAAAAGCUUAACUUGUAUAAUAUUAUUAUUAAAUGACAAGCAUAUCAGUUACUUUAUUACAAUUUCUUAAAAAUAAUACAUUUUGUAAUAUGAAAUCUUAAAUAAUAAUCAAAACAUACAGCCUAACUAUGAAGUAUCUCUAUAAUUAAUAAAACAUUUAAGAUGAUUUUGUUUUAUCUUCUUUUUUACUACCACUAAAUUUAUAAAGUAAAUAUCCAACAGCAAUGGUUCCAUAGGUCGC